AUGUACGUUGGACAAAUUGUUGAAGGGACAAUUUUUCACAAUUUGACUUUAGUUCCAUCAAAUUACCAGAAAUUUGCUCCCAGAGAAUUAGCUCCUAUAACUCCAUAUCAACAUCUACUAUCAAGAAUUAGGAGACAAGAAUUUGACGCUGAUGUUCCUGAAGAGCCACCUGCACCUUGUGAUUUUGGAACCGGCGCACCGAACUUGGACAUGUGCACAUGGCUGAUUCCUGUUAAUGCAACACCACGAAGUAAAUGGAGGCUUGGAAUGGGAGAACUUUCAGCUUGGGUUGGAGGCCCACGUACAGAUCAUACUACUUCUGAUAGGCAGGGAGGGUAUGUCUUUUAUGAAACAUCUUACCAAGAAGACAUGCACCAACCUGUAGUACCAACAAAUCCUAAACCAGAACAUCACGUGGUUGGCGGGGCUCGACCUUUACCUCAUGGUGCUGGUGGAUCCUCAGUAGAUCCAUCGGAACAACCUGGCGUUAUAGACAGUGCUUGGUUCAUCAGCCGAAACCUUAGUCGAACUGGACCUAUGGGAUAUUGUUUGAGUUUUUUCUACAUUAUGGAAGGUUUGAGCGCUGACAGACUAAUAAUUCAUUUAAAAGACAUGGAAACUGCAGAAAAUGCAUCACUAUGGGAAAUAAGAGAAGGCAUGGAAGGCAGUUGGACCAAAGGAGAAGUGGCUUACACGUAUGAUGGAUUUCAUUUAAUUAUUUUCGAAGCUGUAACUAAACCGUCAAACGAUCCUGCACGCCCGUUUAGAGGACAUAUUGCUUUAGAUGACAUGGUUUUUCAGAAGAUGGGAAGCCCAGAUUUAGAUAAUUGCUUCGGUCACUGCACAUUUGAAGGAGGAUUUUGUGGUUGGACGAAUGAUGUAGAGGACGACUUUGAUUGGGAACUUGGUAGAUCGAGUAAAAGUUUUCUUACAGGACCAUCAAGAGAUUUCAGCAGCUACAACAGAGAUGAGCAAACGGGUGGAUAUUCAUACAUAGAUGCUUCGUUUCCUAGAAGACCUGGAGAUAAAGCCAGACUUUUGAGUCCAAAUUUCUUAGCAACUGGGGACAACAAUCCUGUUUGCAUGAAAUUCGCUACUCACAUGUUUGGAAACGGUGUUGGUAGUUUACGAGUGUUGAAAAGAGUGCCUGGAGACGAAGCCCCGGACAGAGUAAUUUGGGAAAUUAGUGGUGAAUCAGGAAACAAGUGGUACCGAGCUCAAGUUUCUGUGUCAUCGGCAACCUCUUAUCAGUUAGUAUUUGAAGGAGUUGUUGGAACUAAUUCCUUAGGUAACAUUGCCAUUGAUAGUGUAUCUUUUGUACCAGGGACUUGCACGAUUACUCCUCAGACAGCGGCGAAGAAUUCUGGUGACUGUACUUUUGAAGAAGACUCCUGCGGAUGGACAAAUGCACUUCCUGUAGAUGCUUUAGAUGAUUUUGAUUGGGCUCGUCAGUAUAGCUACAGCGUUUCAGGACCAUCAACUGACCAUACGAAAGGUACAAAGGAAGGAUAUUAUAUGAAUUUGUUGAGCAAUCCACAAGCGCCUCAAAGAGGAGGAACAAGAGCUUGGCUUAUCAGUCCUCUAUUUUCUGCUACGGGAAGAACUAGAUGUUUAUCUUUUUAUUAUUUUAUGUAUGAAAGAUCCAUUGAUCCUGCAGGCCCCAGUUUAGGGAGCUUACGGGUUCAUGUAAAAUCAGCAGCUGGGGAGGCUGGUGGCAAGGUCACUACUCUUUGGAGACUGCAUAAUCAUCAAGGUCAGAGAUGGCAAACAGCAAGAACGCCAGUAGUUAUGGGAAUGGAGCGAUCAGCCCCAAGUAGUCCUUAUCAGAUCAUUAUUGAAGGCAUAUGGGGAGACGGAAGAGUAGGUGUCAUUGCGUUAGACGACAUAAGUUUUUUUGAUGGUGAUUGCUCAUCACAUCCUUUAAAAGCUACUGCUGUUAUUGGCGAAUGUUCCUUCGAUAGAAAUAUGUGUAAUUGGAGGAAUAAUACUGAAGCUCCUCCUCCACUACAAGAACUUGGAUCUCACAGGACAAGUACCAAGUUUUCCAAGCAGGAUCAAACUGCUCAAGAAGGAUUGACAUGGAGACUCGCAUCGAUUAUCAGCAGACCAGCCAAUCUUCAGGAUCAUACAUUCCGCGCACCAACCGGCUACGUUUUCUUCGACAUAUUUAAUCAGGCCUCUGCCCAAAACCCAAUUCUUCGUAGCCCUGAUUUUGUAGCUACUCAGAACGAUGCAUUUUGUUUGAGUUUUUGGUUUGCACCUUUUGGUCGAGGAGAAGCUACCGCGUUGAGCGUCAUUCGAGUUGAGCUGAAUCCUCCUGAAGGAGAAAAGGAGCAACGACUCCUGAUUUGGAAGAUGGCAACCAAAAAAUUUGAUACAUCAAGACCAGAUUGGAUGUAUGGACAAGUCACAGUGGCCACUUUAACAGCAUAUAGAGUGGAAUUCGAAGGUGAAGCUACCGAUGGUGGAUUCGCUUUGGAUGAUGUAACAUUUUAUGAUGGCAACUGCCAAACUCGCCCUGAGAGAGCACAUGUUGAACCUCCGCCCUCAGAGAAAUUCUAA